AUGGUCUUUGGAAGGGUUGUAGAUUUAUUUCGAGGCGAGCCACAGCUCCCCGAAGGACCAACGAAACUGCCUCAAUAUUUUCCGGUCGAACCGAAAGGUUGCGAAAAACACGCGCAAAAGCUCUUCUCCUGCCUUGUAAACGAAGCCACCACCAAAGCCCGGGAUAUGGAAAAGGCCGGUCUUCAUAAAAGCUACUUUCCUGACGUCAAGGUUACACCAGGAGACGACAAAGCAGCUCAGUUGGUUGCUGAAGGAUCGGACGACCCUGAACUACCGAAGGCCGGUGAGAACCCCCUUGAUAAAUGCCGCACCGCAAUUGCAUACUACCAACGCUGUUGCGACCGUGAACUAAAGAAGCGACAGAAUUGGAUACUGACUGAGCCGUAUCGUGUGCAGGAAGAAUACCGGUACGGAGGCGUCAAUGCUCCCGAUGACGCAUAAAUUAAUGGAAAAGACAAACUGUGAAACUUCUCGCAACUAAAAUUAGUUCUUUGUGUUAAG